CGCCGGGGUACCCCCCGUGGGUCCCUGCCCGGGCCGGGGACAUCGCCUAGCGGGGCGCGAGGGGUGCGGGGACCGGGCUUGGGGGCCCAGGCGACCCACCCCACGACUCGGGCUCAAAAGGGGCCCGGCCCUGUCCUGCCCGGUGUCUCCCAGCCAUGCGGCCGCCCAGGUAGAGCCCGCCCGGACGGCUACAGUUGGAGGAGCGUGGAGGGCCGCCUAGCCGCCUAGCGAAGCGCAGCGCCCUCCCGCCUUCCCGUCGGUCCACCCGCCGGUCCCAUCCCUCGGGUCAGUCUGCCCGCCGGUCCUCUCGCCUGUAGGUUCCCCGAACCCCCCUGAAAUAUGAUCAGGGGCGCGUGGACGUGGCCCCGGAGAGAUGCCGCUGCGCUCACGCUCUGCUGCUGUUGUCGCUGCUGCUGCUGCUGCUGCUACAGCUGUUCCAGCUGCUGCUGCUGCUGCUGUGGCUGCGGCUGCUGCUGCUGGGCUCCCCGGCCCCCUCGGGGGGCCACGAGCAGCGACAAGCCGUGGGCUGACUCAGAGCGGGCGCAACGAUGGCGCCUGUCACUGGCUUCGCUGCUCUUCUUUACGGUGCUGCUCUCUGACCGUCUGUGGCUGUGCGCUGGCGGCCGCCUGCGGGCCAAGGAGAGGAGCGGCUCAGUGAGGCUGCCCUGGGGGGCUGCCGGCCCAGAGCCCCAGCCCCGUCCCGAGGCCGAGCCUCCCCCGGCCAUGCUGCUGCUGCUGCCGCCGCCACCGCCUCCGCCGCCCCCGGGGGGCAGCUGCGGCACUCUCCUGGGCAAUCUGACCCAGGCCGCCGCAGCCCCGGGGCCGGGCUGUGGCGGCGGCAGGGGCCCCUCUGGGCCCGAAGCGGCCUGCCUGGAGCCUCAGGCUCUGCAGAGACUCGUGGGCGCUGCGCCCCUGAGGCCCCUCAUCUCUCCUUUGCCCACCUCGGGCAGGCCCCAAGCCUCUCAAAAGAACUUGCUGCAAGGCCACUUUCGGAACUACACCCUGGCCUUUUGUGACUCCUACUCGGUGGCAGACCUGCUGCUGGGCAUGGCCCACCAGGACAGUCUGGACUGCAGCCUGGACGCCCUGUUGGCGGACUUGCUGGCCACCGGGCCCGGGGCCUGGGAGGCGUGUUUAAGCUGUGUCCAGCUGUACCAGCGGCUGGACGAACACGCUCAGGAAAAAUACGACGAGUUUGACUGCUUGCUGCAGAAAUACUUGCAAGCGGAGGAGUAUUCCGUCCGGUCCUGCAUAGGAGACUGUAAGGCUGUCUACAAGGCCUGGCUGUGCUCUGAGUACUUCAAUGUGACCCAACAGAACUGCCAUCCCCGGGUGCCAUGCAAGCAAUACUGUCUGGAGGUGCAGACCAGGUGCCCCUUUGUGCUCCCCGACAAUGAUGAGCUGAUCUAUGGAGGGCUCCCCGGCUUCAUCUGUGCAGGGGUGAUGGAGAGCCCGCGGGGCCCAGAGGAGGCCGAGUGCUGUGAGGUGGACUUGAAGCCCUGUGCCUCCCUGGGGGGCAGCAAGGGCUCCUCCUGGGGGGGACAAGCAUUCCCCGAGCCCUCCCAUCACCACCUGCUGGCCCCCUCAGUAUACAGGCCCUCUUCGCUGCUGCUGCCCGUCUCGGGGGGCUCCUGUCUCAGCCCCAGCAGGAUCCGCCUGUGCACCCUUGUGUUCAUGCUCAUGCUUCUGCACAUCGUGGCAAACUUCUCCAGCAGCCAGAGUGCGGGGGGCCUGGGCCUAGAGGUGCUGCCUGCCCUAGGAGAGGGCGUGUCCAGAGAAGAAUGACCCCCAGGGAGGGAGGGGGGGAGAACACACCUCCAGCCAGCACACACCGCCGCCACCGCUCCUGCUAAGGGCCCUCCUCCCGGAGGAGGUGCAGGACCAGGUGGAGGGGGGAGGGAGGGGGACCCCCAACCCAAGAGCUGCUCCAAGGUGGGGGGAGCAAGCAGGGAGCUGCAACCAGCGCCCUCCCCCAAGUCCAAGCCAAAAAGAGGGGAAGAGCUGUCCCCAGGAAGCAAGCCGCUCCCCUAGCCCCACCCCCAGGCCUGCAGGUAUUCGGGGGGGUGGGUACUGAGGAGAGCAGGCAUUCCCCCUACUAUAUUUCUGGUGUUACCAGGAAAUCCUUAUUUCCCACAAACCCCGACCCCCCAACCCACACGCUUCUAGGAGUUAGCUGGCAAUGCCCUCCCUUCUCUCAAAGCCUUGCACCCUUCCUCUUCCUGGGGCCAAAGGGAGGGAACAAAUGGCUUCUUCAGCUUAGGGGCGCCCCACUGCUCAGGAGGGACGAGGAGGAAGGGUUCUGUUUGAGCGAGAGUCCAGGGGUGGAGGGAAGGGUUAUUGAGGGAACUGCUUAGGAAGGGGCCAGGGAAGGGGCUCAAGGAGAUGGGAGAAGAGGAGUGGAAAUGGGGCUUGGCAGACACAGGAAAGGGGAGAUUCAGGGACUCCGAGUAAAGCCCACAAUAGUCGUGGUUAUUGGAGAGAAGAGAGAAAGGAAGGCACAUAGGCUAUGGCGCCUGGGAGGCUGGACUGUCCAGAAAGCCUGCUUGCAGACUGGGUAGUCUCUGUUCCCCACCCAGCUGCAUUGAAUAGGAGGCCACCAGCUUAAACCAGAGACCCAGAGAGAAAGCUUUAUGGCCGGAAGGCAAGCAGAUGCGCAAACACUUUCCCUCCACUUGGGCUCAAAGAUAUAGAAGCCUUUCAGACUCAGUUUGGAGGGCCAUGGAGAAAGUGGCUCAGGGUUAGAAUCGGAGGCAUUUAAGGGGCCUGGUGCCCCACAAAGGCUUUUCCUCUGGCAUUGCAACCCAAUCUUCAGUGAAGGGAGGGCCCGGCGCUACCACUGAGGACUGAGACCUGCCUGGGAGAGCCUCCCACCUGACCUACCAAAGACCAGAUUCAGUAGAGCUUUGUGCCAACCACCCAUUUAAUGGGCACUUGAGGGAACAGUGACGGCCCCAAGCCUGGAGGCUGGGCUGGAGUUGGGACAUUCUCUAAGCCUUCAGAGCAUGGAGGAGCUAGGACCCAGUUCAGUUUCAGCAGGUUCUCAGCCAAUUAGGGUAUCUCACCCAAGACCCCUGAGAGCUGAUACUGGGAGCCAAUGGGAGGGGACCUGGGGAUUGCAAAAGGAUUGUGGGUUAAGGGGGCCUAGAGCAGAUGGGAGUGAAGCAGGUCUGGGACUGCAUUCAACUAAUGGACUCAGGGAGGCUUGGAUGUGCAAGGGUGACCUACAGAGCCCAGAGUUGGGGCCCCAGCAGGCUUGGCGUGAAGCCCCAACUCUGUCCCUGCAUUUCCCAUCCUCAGCUCUACUCCACCACCACCCUCCCUGCCCAGCAGGCUCUGAAAUCCUGUAGCUCAGCCCUGGGGUCUAACCAGCCAGGGAGCUAGCUCUCUUUGGCCCAGUUCUCAGAGAUGCUUUUCUUAAAGUAUUUGGAUGGAGAGUAGAGUGGGGCUCCAGAAUAAAGAAGACCCUCUGCAGGUGGAGCCCAGGGUAACAGGCUUGUGGAAACCAAUAGCACCUCCUCCCCCACCCCAAGUGCCCAGGAGAUGCCCAGCUCAGACUAGCCUAGGUGGGCUGGGGGUGGCCAGGAGGCACCAAAGUCAACCUUGAUGUCAUUCUUUCUACUUCCCCCAUCGUUUGUGAGCUGCCCUCCCCUUCCCUCUGUCCCUUCCCCAGCUGCUUCCCUCUGCGCUCAGCUGGCCAGAGUCUAACGCCAUUUUCUACACUGUGCUUCAUGAGUAGGACCUUUCUUGCACUAGUUCCUAUGAUAUUCAUUUUCUGAGCCAUUUGCCAAGAGCUCCCCUUGCCCACUUGCCCACCCGCUGCCCUCCCGCUAAAAUUCAGUUGUCUCCUCACUCUUAUAUUCUGACUGUGUUCAGUCUUUGUGUGUGUGUAUGUGUGUGUGUGUGUGAGUGUGUA